GCAGUGGCUGGCGCGCCGCCGCGACGUCUGCACGCGUCUGCCCGGCCCCACGCCGACGCCGCUGCCGCUGCCGCUGCCGCAGGCCGACUGCUUGUACUCAACAGCCCGCGCGUACAGAUGGGGCCCAUCGUAUUAGGGAGACGUCGCAGGAGUAGCACUGGCGACCUGGAAUGACGUUCAUCAGGCCAAUACUCAGAUAUCCGACCAGGGACCAUCACUGAGUGAAUGAGAACAAACUUUAUCUGCAGUAGUGUUGGAGCAUUCCAGUCAAGCUUUCCUAAAAAAUAUUCGGUCCAAAGAAAAGAAAGAGGAUAUAUUACAUUGGUAGAAGUCUGAAAUAACCGAAAACUACUUUAGUUACGAAAACAUCAUAGAUGUAGCUUCCCGCAAACAAUUACUACGAAGUAAAGUAGCCGAAUUCCGCUAUCUGUAGUAUCCAUAUUACGACUUUUGCUUUCCUGUUUACAUCAAUGUUAAGUUUGCGCAUUUAUUAAACGUUGGUUGUUCAGUGCUGAUUUUAAAUUUAGUAAGAACAUUGAACGUAAUAUAUGCCACGGUAUUUAUGGGAAAUUCGUUUUUAUUUUGCAAAUUAUUGGUUGUUCUGGACGGAAAGGAAAGAAUUUGAAAGAUGCUUUUCUGAUUAUAGAAGAAUUAUUUAAAAUAAAUGCAUAGUCACAGUUAAGCACAUGUAUCUAAAGGAAAGAAGAGCCGUAACUGAUUACAUAAUCAACUCACACUGAAGAACGUAUUGUGGGUUUCCCUGGUAUUCCUCAAUUGUGGGACAUACACGGGUUGUGUGGAAGAGACCUGCAUGCCUACAAUACAGCAAAAAUCAAUCUCAGAUAUGUACUGACGAAAUACUGGAAGGAGAAAUCAGAUACCGAGCCACAGCCCUGUGCGAGUACGAGAACCAAUUUUCAUAUUUAGAGUGACAUAAAAACUGCAGUAUAAAUAUUUUGAGGAUCUUGUGUAUAAAAUGUGAUUCUUGCCUGAGAUUUGAAUCCUGAUUGUGCAAUCACGAAGAUCGGUUAAAUUUCUCCGCUUGUCUCCAACGCACUGAAAAUAAAUUCAAAUUCCUCACAGCAUAUGUAUUGUGGAGCACUCAGUGGAUUUCAAAGCAAAAAUAAAUCUUGGAUGUGAAGUCCCUCGUAUUUAUCGCAAUUGACACACCAGGUCUAUUUGUCAGACUUUGUUGAAGAUAGCAGGUUGUGAAUCACUGAACCGCUGGGUUACUAUGUGUAUAUAAUGACAAUUUUAAUUCACUUAUUCCAAACUGCUUAGAAUGGGAACAAUACUGCAGUGUCCGUUACGACAUGAAAUUUCGCAGUUCUGAGAGAAAGACAUUUUAGAGGUAUCAUAGCGCCUACUGCCACAGAUGGACUAAAAGUUUCAAAAGUUUGUGCACUAAGAUGUUGAUAUUAAUGUGAAGUGCAACUCAUCAAUCUGCUAUACAAUUCUAUAGUGACGUCGUCACAUUCAGCUGGAUAUCAGUGUAUUGGAUUUUGUAGCUUGACAUUAACUGUUCAAUACUGUUAGUAUUUACCAACAUACUAAUACGUUACUUAUGGAUUUGUAGGGGAGUCCUCAGUCGUAUAAUAAAAAGUUAUUAAAGGAAAUAAAGGUUAUUAUUUCUCACUCUUUGUAUGGGAGUAACAAUUUCGGAAGACAGUGCGGUGUUUAUCUAGUCCGUUUUCUCAGAACUACGUAUAGACAAAGAGAGAAACACUAGUUGAAAUAUCUGAGCUUUACUUGGAACAAGAGAGGUAAAACAUAAAUGAAAUAUUUUUAAUCUGCAAAGAAAUAUUUUUCAGUUAUAUUUUGAAUAAAUAUCUGUUGACUUAUGGAACAUUUAUCUAUUUACUGACAUACUGUGGUGUCGUGUACUCACAUAUAUUAAGUAUCAGACUUGCAAAUACUUUUGCAAGCGUCAGAAUAAGAGAAUACUCUACAGCAGAUUUUGAAUAUCUGAAAUAAGUUCCGUUUGCGAAAGUGCAUUCCAGUUUCUUGUGUAUACCUGUACCGAAGAGGUGAAUAUAAAUUUCCGAGUCAGACGUAUAUUGGAAGAGAUGGAGAUUGACACUGGUGCCUGUUUCUUGAUGGGCGCAAGCAAUACGUCGAGUGCGGCUUGUGUGAUGAAUGAUACUUCCCUGGUAAACAGAACCUCUCCACUACCAGGCAACAGCAGCGAUAUUGACAACAUUCCAUAUACACUACCGUGGUGGCGGCAAAUCUUAUGGAGUGUUUUCUUUGGAGGCAUCGUUAUAGUAGGAACCGGAGGAAACCUGAUUGUGAUGUGGAUUGUCUUGGCGCACAAGAGGAUGCGCACAGUUACCAACUACUUCCUCGUCAAUCUUUCGAUAGCUGAUGCGAUGGUGUCAACACUCAACGUCACCUUCAAUUAUACGUACAUGCUGAACAACGACUGGCCAUUUGGGGAAACGUACUGCAAGAUCACUCAGUUUGUCGCCGUCCUCUCCAUCUGCGCUUCGGUCUUCACGCUCAUGGCUAUAUCUAUCGACAGGUACUUGGCGAUUAUUCGGCCGCUGAAGCCACGUAUGGGCCGGCGCACCACUCUGGGCAUCGCCGGCGGCAUCUGGGUUCUGGGCUCGCUUAUGUCGCUGCCCAUGCUGCUGUUCUUCACGACGGCGCCCUUGGAUAAGGCUGGCGGGGAGACGCAGAUCGUCUGCUACCCCGAGUGGCCCGACGGCCCCGGGCCGGGAUCCCUGUACGACUACAUAUAUACAGUGGUACUGAUGAUCCUGACGUACUUUCUGCCGGUGGGAUCGAUGACCUUUACGUAUGCUCGUAUUGGCAUGGAACUUUGGGGCAGUCAGAGCAUUGGUGAAUGUACACAACGCCAGGUGGAAAAUAUUCGCUCCAAGCGACGGGUGGUGAAAAUGAUGAUUGUUGUUGUGAUCAUAUUUGUGGUCUGCUGGCUGCCUACACAUAUCUAUUUUAUCGUGCUGUCCUACGUACCAUCUCUCAACCAGUCUACAUAUAUCCAAGAACUGUACCUGGGUAUUUACUGGCUCGCCAUGUCCAGCACCAUGUAUAAUCCAAUUAUCUACUUUUGGAUGAAUUCCAGAUUCCGUCGGGGCUUCAAACAGUUCUUCUCAUGGUGCCCGUUUGUGCACGUCCCGCCGGAGACGCUGUCUCGACGUGAAGCUGUCACGUCUCGCUACAGCUACUCAGGCUCCCCGGAGGCGCAGUGUCGCAUCAUGAGGAAUGGUUCGACGAGGGUGCACGGAUCGACAGAAACGGUGACGACGCACGCGGAUAUGGCGCCCAGCUACUCGACGUUCCGUGGGGAGGGCGGCCGACGCUGGCGGCCGUAUGGACGCGACCUGUCGCACAGCGUUUCCUGACGAGCGGCCGGCGCGGGCGACGGCUCGGCGCUGGGAAUGGGGAUGGGGAUGGGGAUGGGCCAUCACGGUCCGCCGGCGCCCGCCCGCCGCACGCGCGUCCAGACCUGGAUCUGAACGCCUGCCUCCCUCCCUCGCUUUUCAUCACCUCCUGCCUUGCAGCAGCUCCCGAUAUUUUUCUGCUCCAAUUGUUUUCUAUUGUUAAUCCAACAGCUACGGUAGCAAAUUGUGCGUUUCCUGUACUAGCCACUAGUUUAUUAUUUUCUAGCGUUGUGUAACAUAUUCAGUACAUCCUACUGGGAAAUAUUACUAAUGUGAAAUGUAAAUGAAGACUAUUAGAAAAUUAUGAGAGCCUCCUGUUACAUAACAUCAGUUAUAGGUUGCAGCCACAUUCCAUAGAUCGCUUUGGUACAUCGCACGCUUUUAAAUGAAAUAACAACUUCAUUUAUGACCCGAUCACUAAAACACUUUUACUUCCUGAAGCUGCCAACACUGCCUGUAUUCAGCACUGACCUAUAAAAACCACACGGGUAUUGGUUUUUUUUUCUACCUAAAUCAGAGUUUCGAAUUAUCAGAAUACAAAAUGUACCUUAAUGAUUAACAAACUAAUAAAUAAUUCAACUGAAUCACAUAUAAAACGAAUAUAUUCUGCAGUGGAUAGCAAUCCCUUACGAUCACACAUACAUUAGGUAAAACCAAAGUUUUACGGUUGCAGUCAUUAUUCUCGACGUUUGACUGCUUGAUGAGCACUGCUGUCAAGAUGAGCUUCUUAUGGCGUAGCAGCUUCUGCAGCAGUAAAGACGGAAUCUACCACACAUAUUACCAACCAAAACUAAGGCAAAAUAGUGGCCUUAGAUGAAAAUCUUACUUCGUUACCUCAACGUAUGGUAAGAAGCACAGACUGGAGAAUUAUAGCGUUGUAAUAUCUGGAAAUAAUAACCUCAUGAAAAGAACGGAGUUAUUCUGAGUAGCAGACCUACAUGUGUUAAUAGUGUCGGCACUUUUCCAUUACAUGAGAGUCUCCAAAAUUAUUAGAUGGAGAAACAAAAUAUUCAUUGUACAUUUCAUCAGUGCGUAAAAGAAAACUUUUGCUACCAUUAAACUGAUUUAUUGCUCCUAAAAAUUCAUGGGAAGUCAACAACAGCAUAUCUAGUUGAUUCUUAGCUGGCAUUUUCUAGGCAAAAUGUUCGUAAAUAGUUGAAACCGUGUUCGAAAUAACAUUGAAAUAAGUAACUUCUUUCAAGGAAAAUAAGAAUGUUCGUGAAUUGAUCGUUAGCCUUUUCAUAAAUUCAGUAUUGCAGAUUAAUCUAAAAGAGGGACCAACCAUUUACUUAAUAUCACUAGACAGAAAGCCACAUUUCUAUUGUAAUAAGAUUCACAUUAUUACUUUAACAUGCUGGCAUUUUAUGAGGUAGUAGCAUACCUCGAACGAAUACUGUACUACAUACUAUGGAGAAUUAUGAUUCAGGUUUCUCCAGACUGUGACCGGAAGGUGACAGAUUCACUUCAGGAAAAUAAUUAAUUCUUGACUCAUAUAUGUAGAUCUGGAUUUUUGAAAUGUAUAUGUAACUAGAGUCUUACGUUUUAAUCAAUAUUUAUCUUCAAAGAGUAUAUUUUUUUAUCAUCUUGAAGCUCUUCUGUCCAUGUUUACUCAAAAACAGAUUUAGUUGUGGACAAGGCUCGCCUUGACCAUAGUACAGUUAUUAUCUUUUCUUUUAUAUUCGAGACAUGUUUCGCUGAGGUUUCAGCAUCAUCAGUGGACUUUCAUCGUCUUUCUUGUUACUACACGCUAUGAAAGAAAACAACUGCAAUAAAAUAACAAAGAAAUCCAGGAAAACCACAGCAUAUGGCAACAAGAAGGAGAAUAAAAGCCCACUGAUGAUGCUGAAACUUCAGCGAAACGUGCCUGGAAAGUAAAGGAAAAGAUAAACAAAUAUCUUGCUUAAGGAGAGCCUUCUAAGAAACCAAUAUAUUAUUUGUUCAUUCACAUCAACAUGAAGUGCAGGACAUGUAUGUACCAUAAAUAGCAAAGAACUAAAUUCAUGACAACCCAGCCUACAUUCCUAGUGGAGUGUGGCUUCACAGAGAAUUAAUUUCUGGUUAUUGUUAUUAUCACACUGUCCCUCAAAAGGGUGUUGAAAUUCAAAGACAGCAUAUCGACGAUAAUUUACGGUCCCACUGGAAAAGUUGGCUGUAGUGUGAAAGACUCCAACUGUUGUGAACUGUAUUAUAUGAACAAUCUCAGUCAUACUGCAGCAAAACGUCCUACCUGGAAUGUAAAAUAUGACUAGACAAAGUGUAAGGCUAGACGUAUCAGUGACUAAUCGUAUGGUAACCCGUGUUGCUCUCGUCGCACUACACAGAUUUUACAAGUGUAAACAUUACGAAAGAAAGCUUAGAUUGGUGGGUUUUGUCAAAAAAAUUGUUAUGGUAUUGAAAGGAUACAGAUGUAAAUCAGACAACAAUAUCUGAUUGCGUAAAAUUAUAGUGACUGGCAUAACUAUAUUCGUUUGCUUCGUUAUUAACAGUGGCCGGCAUCAUGUAAACGAUUAUGUUUGUGUGAGUGCGCUGGUGCCAUUAUAAAAUUAAAAAGAAAAAAAAAACAUGAACUGAAAAUGCAUAAGGGUAGUUAUUAAUAAAUGUUUUCAAUAUUUAUUGUAUCUGGGGAGAGUAGUAGAUAGUAGGUUCCUUAAACUCUAAAGAGACAUAUGAACUGUCAGGCCUCAGGUAUUAUUUAUUAACCCAAUCUCAGAGAUAUGAUAAUCUAUCACUUUGGUCUUUUUGAUAAUGAUGGCAUAUGUUUACUGGUGUAUUAUGUCUUUUGAUGAUUUUCAUAACACAAGGUACAAAUUGUUCUUGUUCAGAAUAUAAACAUGUGACAGUUAUAAAUUGUGACAUUUGUAUGCUACAUAUAUGUUUCCAUACAACACCUCAAGCUGUGAAAAUUAAAACUAAUUUUACUCCAAUAAUUUAUAAUACACCUUAUCAAUCUCAGGCAACACAAUGGCAGGGGCCAAAGCUCAGUGUACAGAGUUAGCUGCCUACAUCGUUUGAUCAACAUUAUGUUAAUACAUUAUAAUUACACUUCCCGAAUAUGCAAGAAAAAUUUGGAAUCAAUUGUAAGUGCAUAUGUGAUGGAGACGUUUAUUUAAGCUUAGUAGUUGUUCAAAGACACAUUUUCGAUGUUUAUUAUGACAAAAUUUUAGAGGCAUUCUUCCAGUUAAUAAAAUAUUUACAUCCUGUAAAUAAUUCGUGUAAUCCUGAUAUGAAAUCAAUGCAUAUCUUAGAGAGUUUUAAUCAUGAUCAAUUAGAUAAUAAUUCAUAACAUUUUAUUGUACACCCACCAAAUAAAGGCUGUAAAUACAUAUAAAAUUAUGUUCAUUACUGCAAAUAAUUUACACGUCAUUUGUUUCACAUUACAUCAGGCCUUGCUAACAUGUAACCUACCUUUUCACUCUGAAUGGUGGAUGUGUAAAAUAAUGGAAAUAAGUACACAAGGAGUAUUAAGAAAGAAUAUUUUGAGUCUUAUGUGUAAUUACAGAACACCUAUGUGGUACUGGAAAUACCGUCUACUCCACGAGAGCACUGAAAUUAUUUUCAGGAAAAUAAACGAGCAAACGGUUACAGGAUUCAUUAGUUUCCACUAUCAAGUAUGGCGCCACAUGUUGCUGUUUCGCAAUUAAGGUCACCUCAUUCAUUACUUCCUAUUAAUGCGUUUACACUACAAGUUCCACAUUAAAUAUAAGGAAGAAACUUUGUGUUCAGUGUGUUACACAGUCCAAGUUUUGAUAACUAUAAUGUCACUUCAGUUAUGAAAGCCCAAAUGUUGUAGUCUAGCUCACAUAGAUUUCGAGAAAAUAUCUUAGCUAAGUACACAGUCAAGAUGUUAUGUCUGGCAUCUAAUCAACUGUGAGCAGAAAUUUGUGGUAUGAUAUUAUUUAUUAGAAUUGUUGACAAAUAUUCAGUGCCACUGUCACUGCCAUACCACAUUUUUGUUCUCAGAAAAGCGGAAGUAACUUACCUCAUGUGUCCAGAUCGGUUCAUUUAUGUCAAUAAUUCAAGAAAAUGUCAAGCUAAUCAUUACACUUCUACCUCAACUUCUUAGGUUUUUGUUAUUUGAGGAUCAUAGCAUACACCUACUUGAUUUCAAUUCUAGAACGACAUUUUAGAACUGGACCGUCAAGUUUUGUGGCUUAAAAAUGACUAUAUUCUUUUUCUUUGCAACACCAUAACAUCCCCCUUACAGUCGUGUACGAUUACGGUAUGGAAGAGUACUCAUUUGUCGUUUUCUUUUUCACACAGCAUCUGAUUUGGGCAACUUCCUGACAGCUUCAAGUGUCCUGUCCAAGAUUAGUAUUUGCUACCUAAAUCAUCAGGUUCUUAGUACAAUAAUAAAUAGUGUACCGUGGGUAACUGAUCUCAGUAUUCGAUGGCUCACUUGAAGAUCUCUGGUAGGUGCCUAGAUGAGAUAUCAUGCAUGGUAGAAAAUAACAACUAACUGCACACCUGAAAAUUCAUUGAGCAUUCAGUUAGCAGGACAAAUUACAAGAUUCAUGAUCCUGUAAUAGAUUGACACAUAACACACACAUUUAUAGCAGUGACCUAUAAACAAUAACAGAAAUCACUCAGAGUAAUUUGGAUAACUAUAUCUCUAUUACAUUCUGAUUUUCAGAUACUUCCGAUUUCUCUCUCAAUCCAUAACACUUAAAAAAGGUCUAUGGUAGUCUUAAAUGUUACGGUUAAUUUACGUAAUUCAGAAGAUACAUACAAGUUAGGAACGUAGGCAGGGACUAUUAGAUAUAGAAGAGUGUAGCACAUCGAACAAAAAUAAAGGUAUUCGGAUGUGUUCAGUAGUUUUAAUAGGUACAACAGCAUUAGGAAGGUUUUGUACAGUAUACAAAAAGUGUUUAAUGUAAAUGAAUUUCACGUAUCCAAAACCUGCAAUGAUUUGUAGAUUCACAGUAGUCGCUGAUAAAUCAUAGAGAGCAGAAACAUUAUGUCACUGACAAAUAAUAAUACUCAAAAUGUUUCUCUGAUUUAGUAUAGGAGAAACAAACAAGGUAAAGUGAUUUCUAAAUUGGACGUUCAAUGUCAUAUGCUUGUCAUUAAUAGAAAUGUUGAACGUUCUGUUAAUAUAGUAAAUACUUUGUAGAUACAUCAGGUAGCUUAGUAAAUAUUUUAGAAUUAAGAACAAAAUAAAUAUUUUAAUAACUGGAACACAGCCUCGAUUUAAAUAAUACUGAGAAUAUUUACAAAUGUGACGCUUUAUUCAGUAAUUAUUUGUGUACCAGCAGGCAUUAAUUGUUGACUCAGUUACAUACUUAAUUCCUACGUAUCAAUAGAAAGAAAAAUGUAAAUAUUUCAUGGUUACUGUGUAUAGCUUAUACCAAUGUGUGUGUUCCGCUUCCUGACAGAAUUGAAAUAUUGACAAAAGUCUUCGUUAUAUGAGGUGUUGAAAGUACAUCUUUGGAACUGGCAUUUAUGGACAUAAAAUUGAUAUUUAUCUAUAUAUGGUAAUUUCUGUAGUAUCCCACUAUCUACCACAAUGAUUAAUACCAGAUAUUGCUGUAUGCAAUUGAAUCUGACUUUACUGAAUGCUCAAACAAAUGAUUUUCUUCAGCGCAAAUAUUUUUCUUGAGAUUCAGUUUUUAAAGAAAUUUCGUGCAUCAUACUCUGUUAUCAGCUUUGCAUCAUCGGAUGACAUGUAGUCAUUUUACAGCGUUAAGGCACACUGACAAAAACUGGUACCUCAUAACCGUGGCUACUAGCUUUACAAUCACAUUGGAGUUAUCAGAGUUUAUGUGAAGCAUAUAAACUGUGAAUUUACUUUCACCAAAUGUAUUAGACACAUGUACGUUUUGAAUGACCAACUUUUGGAAUAAAAAUUGCAUUACAGCUGUUGAGGUUUCCAACAUAUAUUUAAAAAUUUCUAAGGAGUCAAGAAAGUUAAUUGUGAAUAAACGUAUGAGUUAACCAUGUGCAGCCGACAUUAAAUAUAUUACAAGGAAAUAACUUUUCAUUAUGCUGAUUUUAAUCUUUAUUCAGGAGACUUUUGAAAUGAAUUUAUAACAUGUUCAUUAGGUUUAUAGACUUAUAAGUGUGAAUAGGAUCAAUAUCUUCACUGAAAAUUGUUGGUAGACAUGUGAUUCCAACACAACAAUAAAAAGUUACGGGUCUUGGCAAAUAGUUCCUUUCUCUACUGCUGGGUUUAAGAUUAAGUUGAUCAUCAAUAACAAUUAAUGAAAUUGUAAUGACAAUGCUAGAUUUGGUUAAGUUUGUGCUCCAAGGAUAUGCUUUCCUUCGACUUUUAUUCAAGAUUUCCUAUCAGUAACAACCCAUACAUAAGAAAAUUAUGUUUGGCCUUAUAUUAUUAAAUAUGUGCAGUCCUAUGAUGUUACAAAAUACCCCACUAAAACGUCUCUUGAAUAUCAUCCUACAUCGUUUUUCAUUGUACAGCAUCAUUUAUGCAUGUAACAAUGAUGUACCCCUUGGAAGACUAUUCUGUCUUCAAAUACAGCAAGUAUCAUAUUUCUCAUUUCCUUGCUACACUGGAACCACUGAUGAAAAAUAUUAACUAUGUAGCACAGUAUUUGCCUAAGAAAGUUCGCUUUAUGUGGAAAUAAGUAAGAAAGAUAUAAUAACUGUUUAUCUGUGUGUAAGUAGCUAUUAGAUCUGCAAUUUUACAGAACAAUUAAAAUGAGUGUGUGCUGCUUUAUUGAGAGCAUAGAGCGUAUUAAAACUAGUGCUUAUUUCAAAUCAAUCAUUUUGCAAUGGUUAUGUAGCUAACGCCUCUAUCAUUCUUGUAAGUGUGACAUUAUGCCACAAUUACAUAUGCUUGAUGAUGAGAUAGGAGUAAUCUAUCAUGGAAACUUUCAGCUCUUUGGAACACCUUAAAACAUUCUGUGAAGCUGUGUCAAAAUGUUUUCUGCUUUCCGUACUGCAACUGAACUUUAACACUGCUUGAGCAGCAUGUAGUGCACAUGUACGUCCAUUGUGUAGACGAUAUUUAUGCAUACGGCUUUCCUUAACUCUAAAAAAGUUACUUUUUAUUUACUUUAUCAGCCACUAUUUAUUGUUGCAAAAAAUAAGUGCAGAACAAAGCAGGUGCAUUACAAGUCGUGAAACAUGUCAUUAGAUUUAUGUUUAAAAAUUUAUGUUGGCAGAAGGCUUUAUUGAAUUAGUAUGAUUCCAUGUGGUGUAUUUUUUACAAUUAACUUUUAUUAAUUUUGAAAAUAGCCGAUUGGUUGCAAUAUGGAAGAGAAAGUACACAAAAUAGAGACUUCUAUGGACUGUAUAUAUCGUGUUCAUUAUUAAUUGCGCUAAGCUACUCGUAUAAAAUAGGAAAGUCGAAAAAACUUGUGGCAUGCCAAGUGUGUGCCUCUUGAUCUGUAUUAAUAUGUGUACAUGUUGUGAAAUAAAUGUAUAAACAUUUUACUAAAUAAAC